GAAUUGCACCUCUUAAGAAAAACACACACAAAAAAAGGGCGAAGUUGGUGAGGUAGGUAAUUCUAUUGCAGUCCAUGGCCACCCAUGGAAAGCCACCUCCUCAGGUUAAACCACGAUGCUCUCGAAGAUACAUAAUGGGGUACCAUUUAAAUAUCUAAUAGCAUCUUUUCAGCACCAACCAAGGCCGACAUUCCCACGCACAUCUCCCUUACCGCUGCGAAGCCGUCCUAUCAGGACCUUCUCUGUACAAUCUAUCCUCCGACUGCCAGAUUCGAAAGCACAGACGGGCUCAAGACAUAAAUUUACCUACGAUGCCGCCGCUUCCUUCUCCGCAAAGCACAAGGACUUCAACGCAGCAACCCACGUUUUCCACUUCAAUCCAUACAACCGCAUCCAGACACAAAAGCGACCUAAAUCGAAACGGCCGGCUAGCGGACAAGAUGCCUUUUUUAUAAGUCGUGUGGGCGAAAGCAACGCCGUCGCAUUUGGAAUUGCUGACGGUGUUGGAGGCUGGGAGGAUAGUGGAGUUGACCCGGCCGAUUUCUCCCAUAGUUUCUGCGAUUACAUGGCGUCGGCAGCUUACGAGCAUAAACCGGACGCGGGCGACCCGACACUGACAGCGAGAUCGUUAAUGCAAAGAGGAUUCGAUGACGUAUGUCGGGAUGGGUCUAUACAUGCAGGGGGUAGUACGGCUUCUAUCGCGAUCGCAAGCGAGGAUGGCAUGCUAGAGGUAGCGAACCUAGGCGACUCUGGGUUUGUACACUUGCGCCUGAAUGCCGUACAUAGCUAUUCGGAGCCGCAAACACAUGCUUUCAACACACCUUACCAACUUUCCAUUGUGCCGGCCAGCAUGCUCGCACGUGCCGCAGUAUUUGGCGGGGCUCAGUUAUGCGAUUACCCAAGAGACGCGGACGUGACACAGCAUACGCUCAAGCAUGGCGAUAUCUUGAUCUUCGCGAGCGAUGGAGUGUGGGAUAACCUAUUCAACCAGGACGUACUCCGACUAGCUAGCCGACGAAUGGUUAGCCUCGGUGCUUGGAAAACUAGCGAUGGCGGCAUAUUAGUUGCUGAUGACCUGAAGCCGUUUACCCAAAGCCUAGCCGAGGAUUCAGCACAACGAUCCUCGACACUACAGAGUGUAAUUGCGACGGAUAUUGCCGCAGCGGCUAAGACAGCCAGCAAAGACCGGCGAAGCGACGGCCCAUUUGCGAAGGAAGUUCAAAAGUAUUACCCAGAAGAGGACUGGCAUGGCGGCAAGGUCGAUGAUAUUUGUGUCAUUGUUGUCAUUGUAUCCGAGGAGGGCAAACAGCAAGCGAUCAAGAGCAAGUUAUAAGAGUUCCACAUACAUAGAAUUUGCAUCGUCAGGCGUUCAAAAGGGCGGAGGGAGGACUCAUUCUUUUAAUAAAGCAUUUUUUGUAUAGGAGCAAUCGGGUAGAUAGGUGCGAGAGACCGUAAAGUUUUCUCAAUAUUGGUGUAUAGUAUUGGCUAGGCAGUCGCUUCAAUUUUACCAAGCUACUACGUACCUAUUUUAUAGAACUUUCGCCGUAUGGAAGAGGCAGCUGAUAUAUAUCAAACAAUCAUACCUAGGUAGUUCAUAUAUCUUCUAACAUUUUUCG